GACCAGCCCGCAGACAAUUGAUUGGUUCACUAGACUGAAGGAAGGCGGGACCUACAAAGCUCAGCUGUUUACUGAUCCUUCCCGCUGGAGGCUUUCCCCGCUUUCUUUCAUUGGAUGGAUGCCGCUGUCAGUCAACGAGCUACCCGGAAACGUGCCCUUGCUGUCUGCUCUAAUGAGUGAGCGACUGGGAGUUCACCCUUUUUGGUGAGGCUCAGGGAUUUGUGAUGGAGUGAGAAGAAAGGAAGAAAGCUCAGCACUCUCUUCUGAGAUGUCGGCGACUUCCGAUGGGAUCAUGGCUCUGGAGCCGUUUCAUGUGACGCAGUCUCCACCAGCCGCUUAUUAUUUUCCAGAUUUCAUCACAGAGGCAGAGGAGGUGUACCUUUUGCAACAGGUUUAUGAUGCCCCCAAGCCCAAGUGGACUCAGCUGUCGGGGAGGAGGCUGCAGAACUGGGGAGGGCUGCCGCACCCCAAAGGGAUGGUUCAGGAGAAGCUGCCCGCCUGGCUCCAGGCCUGCGCCGACAAAGUGUCCUCCCUCGGUGUUUUCGGAGGGAAAAUGGCGAACCACGUCCUGGUCAAUGAGUACCGCCCUGGCGAGGGCAUCAUGCCUCACGAGGACGGUCCCCUCUAUUUCCCCACCGUCACAACCAUCAACUUGGGGUCUCACACGCUCCUCGACUUCUACCAUCCCAUCAGCAGAAGGCAGCAAUCGGAAGGCGGAGAGGGGCCCAUCCCUCAGACUGAAGAUCAGCGCCACUUCUUGUCCUUGCUCCUGAAGCCCCGUAGCCUCUUGGUCUUGCGGGAGGACAUGUACUGCCGCUACCUUCACGGCAUCCGCCCGGUUGCUGAGGACACUGUCACAGAGAAAGUGGCCAACGCAGGCAUGUGUGAUGCCGAACUUGGGGACACGUUGCAGCGGGGGACACGGGUGUCGCUCACCAUCCGUCACGUCCCCAAAGUGCUGAAAACCUCUAUUUUCCUGGGCAGACGGAAGUGACCGUUUUGCUUUGUGGUGGCCCACGCACUGGAAUGCUUUUCUGUCCACAAGCAGCUCCCUGCAUGCAGAGAGCCAGCAUCUCAGGGAGAAGGGUUCUAGCCUAGACUUCUCUCUCUCUCUCUCUCUCUCUCUCUCUCUCUCUUUCUCUCUGGGAUGCAGGGAAUGUUUCUGCAUACAGAGAGUUUGUGAUGGUUCUUUUAUUUUUUUAGUAUGGAGGAGUAUUCCUCCUUGUAGUCCGAAGUGUUGCAGUCCAUGCUUGACCUCCUCUUCUGAUGUUUGAGAGAGUGAAUCUUAACACAGAGAAAGACUGUGAAUUGCAGGAGAGAAAGAGCAGCCGCUGUAGACUGCAAAUUUGCAUGAGCUAUUAAGCGGGGGCGGGGGGGGGGGAGUGAAGAGAGAGACGAGAAUAGUAAGCCCUGGAGGCAAAGGAGAGGACGAGCCUGUGCUCUGGUGCGUAACAUGUUCUAUAACACGCAGCGUGCAAUGUGGCCUGGCAGAUGGAAUAGAUGCUUGUCCUUCCAGCAAAGCCAGAAAGUCAGGCCAUCCUCAUUCUCUUCCCAGCAAAUAACCAUGUCUGACUUUGCUAGCAGGAGACUGGAUGCCUGGGUUUGACUCACAUGCCCACAUAGCCAUGGCAGAGAGCCUCUGGCUUGCUCUGUGGGCAUGUCCUUAGGCCUCCAGACCUCCCUGUUUGGCCCACAAGGCUUCUUCUGCCAAGCCAUGCCCACCUGUCCUACAGAUAAAGAUGCUGAUGGAUGCCACAAGGGAGUUUGCAGGCACUGAUGGUCAACUGAUUGCCGGGGCCUGCAAAGCCCUGCACUUUGCAAGCCCACAAGGAUCAUGUCAUAGUGAGGGCUUGCAAAGGGUCUUUUUGCUUUCAUGGUCUGAUUGCAAACCGCAAGGGUGCAAACAUUGUGGUGUCAGGUGACUUACAAGCAGGCAGUGAGGGAGAUCUAUCCUGGCCCUGCCAUACAGGACAGAAGUCCAGUGCCUGGCCUGUAGAACUGCAAAUCUGGGCUAUUGGAUAGGUUUCCAUCUCCUGGUUUUAACAUAUUGCCCUACAUUGCUCCUUAUCCAUGCUAGUUCUGGCUCAAAAGACCAUUUCAAGUAAGGCAUAUUUCCACUCUUGGAAAUAUUUUAUGAGGAAGUGCUAGCUUUGAAGCUGGGACAUUCAAAUAAAUGACUUGCCGGGCAUGUGCUAACGUCAUAAA